GGUAAUCUGAAUGUUAAUCCUUUAGUAAAUCUCCAAGCUGGCCACACUAAUUUAGCGUUAUUUACAAAAUAUUCAUUCCCUGUCGUUAAUUUGUCGUUUAUGCCCACUAUGUCGCGUAGUAAGAUAUGGAGGUUCUACGACAAGUUGGAUCGGAAUUCCGCCCAGUGCCAGCUCUGCGAGAAGGUCAUCAAGACAUGCGGCAACACGUCCAAUCUGAUGAAGCACAUGAAGACCCAUCCACAAAUAGACCUCUUCGACGACGAUACGGUGGUGGAGCGGGGCAUUUACAAGCGGCGGGAGCAGGAAGACAGGCUGAGAUUUCGGAAGGUUCUGCCUAUCAAGGAAGAGAGCUCUGAUUUUCACAGCGAGCUGUUGUUCAAGGCGGCUAAGGAUGCGGGCUGCACUAUCGAGCUGGAUGACCAGGGAAUGGUCAAGGCGGCUGCAGAGGAUCACAUCUCCAUACAGAGCGUCGGGUAUGCGUGGGUCACACCGGAAACCACAGAGUCCCGAACAGAGACGGUUGCCGGCGAGGAUAUCAUCGAGUUCGAGCCCAAGGAGGAGCUUGAUCAGCCAGAGAAUCCACUUCAUCAAAUUCAGGAUGUACCAUUCGCCAGUCUUGACUACUUCAAAAUGGAAGAACCUCUGCCAAGCCGGAGUUCGUUUCACCAAGACGUGGCCUUCUUCGUCUGCCGUGACCGCCAGCCAUUGCAGAUUGUGCAGGGCGAGGGAUUUCAGCACCUAGUAAAAGUACUGUGCCCCACCUACAAGCCACCAAGUGCGGCGGAACUAGAGGCCAUUAUCCGCAGAGAGUCGGAAAGGCGAAUUUCCAGGCUACGCCAGCAGUUGGCCGCCAUUUCUUCGCUCAGCCUUAGUUGCUCGGUGCACACGAAAGCUGAGGGUCAAAGCUGGAUAGAACUGGUAGUCCACUUUCACGAGGUGCAUCAACAAAUUUCCCGAACUCUUUCGGUGAUGCGGCUUCCCGAUCUUUUUACCUCCAACGAAAUAGUGGAUCGCAUGGAGCAAGUGUGUCAACGCUUUGACAUCCCAAAGUAUAAAAUCUGCUGCGUAACAACAAGGAGCAGUCAACUGCUGGAGGACGCGGUGACCUCGUUCCUAGGCGCUCAUCAUCAUGUUCCUUGCUUCGCUAACCAGUUGAAUUCUCUUUUAGAGGCGGUGGUGCAGCGGUCAGAGAUCCGUGAUGUGCGCGAUAAGGUGCGUUCCUAUAUACAGUCGUCCACCGUGGAAGGUCACAGCUUACAGAUAAAUCCCCAGCUAGACUCUAUACUCCGACCUAUUAGUACAUACGAUAUGCUAGAUUUGUACCUGAAACACACUCUCGAUCAAGAGUCGCUUACGUUUUCGCAGGCGGAGGUGGAUUUGUGUCAGCAAUUGGUGGCCGUGCUGAGACCGUUGACUAGCUCCAUGCGUGAGCUAAGUCGAACACCCUAUCCGGCGGCCAGCACAGCCCUGCCCAUUACCCAAACUCUGAUCAACGAACUGAAGCAAGAGAGGAGUGCAGAACACAAGGUCGCCAGGGAAAUACGCUUGUUCAUGGUUCAGCAGCUGGAAGAGAACUGCGAAAGCAUGGAGCGCAACUUGCACCUGGCCAUGGCAAGUCUGCUGGACCCACGGUUUCGGAAUAUUCCCUUCCAGAGUGGGGCCCUGGUGGCCCAAUACAUGACUGACCUGUAUGACAUGAUGCAGUCGCAUCUGGACAGCGGAGAGCCAGCUGCUGUAAAGGAUGCGGAGGACAGCGACCACUACGAUAUCUGGGCGGCCUUCAAAUCAUUUUCGCAUGGGAAGCAAAGGCUUGUCAACGGGAGCAACGUACCCGGUGCGGACGAUGAGAUAGGCAGAUAUUUCUGCGCCGGCAUAAGCACGCUGCGAGCGGAUCCCUUUGAGCUUUGGGAGGAGCUAGCAGAAGCUCAUCCCUUCCUGCACGCCGUAGCAAAAAGGUACCUGCACAUUCCGGCAACCGCAGAGCCGGCGGAUCGACUCUUCACGCACGGCGGAGCGGGGGUAACGGCCCAGUACGCCGGUCUGAUCGAAAGCAACAUGGAAAACGUGCUGUUCAUGGCGGAUGUUCCAACGAAGGAGUGGCAGUUAUAGCAUAGCCCAGAGUCAAAUCUACACCAAAGUUGAGCACAGUGUUCAUUGCACACCUUUUAUUAAUUAGAAUUAGAUAUGUUAUUUAAAUAUUUUUACAUCAAAUAUACAAUAAUGCGGACUUA